AUGGUUGUUCGUAACGUGAGGAUCUGCCGACACUGUCAGGCGCCCCAUCCUGGACCAAAUACCGCCCACACCCAGUGGACCAAAUACCGCCCACCCCCAGUGGACCAAAUACCGCCCACCCCCAGUGGACCAAAUACCGCCCACCCCCAGUGGACCAAAUACCGCCCACCCCCAGUGGACCAAAUACCGCCCACACCCAGUGGACCAAAUACCGCCCACACCCAGUGGACCAAAUACCGCCCACACCCAGUGGACCAAAUACCGCCCACCCCCAGUGGACCAAAUACCGCCCACACCCAGUGGACCAAAUACCGCCCACCCCCAGUGGACCAAAUACCGCCCACACCCAGUGGACCAAAUACCGCCCACCCCCAGUGGACCAAAUACCGCCCACCCCCAGUGGACCAAAUACCGCCCACGCCCAGUGGACCAAAUACCGCCCGCCCCCAGUGGACCAAAUACCGCCCACCCCCAGUGGACCAAAUACCGCCCACCCCCAGUGGACCAAAUACCGCCCACACCCAGUGGACCAAAUACCGCCCACACCCAGUGGACCAAAUACCGCCCACCCCCAGUGGACCAAAUACCGCCCACACCCAGUGGACCAAAUACCGCCCACCCCCAGUGGACCAAAUACCGCCCACCCCCAGUGGACCAAAUACCGCCCACCCCCCGUGGACCAAAUACCGCCCACCCCCAGUGGACCAAAUACCGCCCACCCCCAGUGGACCAAAUACCGCCCACACCCAGUGGACCAAAUACCCAUCCUGCGGGCGGUAG